AUGCCGGACCUACCCUUUACCCCGACACGCGCUACAAUAAUGAACAAUCUCCACACGGCCCUCGACAUCUGUUCCGUGUUGUUCAACGGACCGCUACUGUUUUUGAUCGUGGUUUUCACGAAGAAGAGCUUUCGAAGCUACUCCAUUAUACUAGGAUUCAUGACGCUGGCGGAUUUUGUGUUGGGUUUCGCCGGCGGGUUUACGGUGGCUAGGUCGAUACCAGUCGGCUACACGCUAGUCUACCAAUUUCACGGCACUUGUCGCAGUACCUCAGCGGAAAGCUGCAUUAAUGGCCUCGCCGUCAUCUUGCACUGCUUUUCGUUCAUCUACACUUUAUUGCCGCUCGCGUUUUGGUACCGCUACCUCGUCAUCAAAAACGAAUCACGCAAGAAGCUGCGCGUGUUUCUCUAUUGUCUGGUGUUGUACAUUCCAGCUGCCGUAGGCAUGGUGGGGUUCGCAAAAGGGACGAGCCCGCCGGAAGUCAUCCGCAAAAUCUUGGCGACGAAGAAAAACGGCUCCCUGUACCCAGACGAUCCCGAAAUUGCCGUGAUAAUGGGUUAUGAGGAUAUGACGACGCAGUAUAACCUAGCCCUCUCCUUAUGGAUUUGCGCACCGAUCAUCCCAGCCUAUAUGAUAUCCAUUUACUGCCGAUUCCGAAGUCUGCGUCACUUGGACAAAGACAGCGGGAUGAGCGGCAGGGCGAAAAAGGCGCAGCGGAGCGUACUAAACGCAGUAACCUUCCAACUCUUCACCCCUCUCCUCGCCAUCAGCCAAUUAUUCGAACAUUUCUGGAUACAAUAUCAGCUACCAGGUCACAGCAGCCUUUUCUACCUCGAGGAGCUGCUCUUCAUUUUUGUUUCCUUGUCGAGCACGUUGAACCCAAUCAUCACCAUCUUCUGCGUGACUCCAUACCGAAAACAAGUCGAAAAGCUCGUGCUCGGCAAAAUUCUGGGAAGAGAGGUGGAAACGACGAGGAUCUACAGCGAGGCGACAAAUUCGGCGACGACAGCUAUUCUCAUCGACUCGCAUAUCGUCAUCGAUACACUAUCGGUUUUAUUUAACGGAACCCUGCUCUAUCUGAUUAUAUUCUGCACCGCCAAGUCUUUUCGCAGCUACUCUGUGAUUUUGGGAUGUUCAACAUUUACCGAAUUUUUGCUAGCACUGGCAGCUGGAUUUACGUUGACGAGAGUGCUCGCCGUGGAGAACACCUUGGGCUACCAAUUUCAUGGAUUAUGCCGAAAAUUUUCUGCGCAGAUCUGCAUGGAUGCGCACUCCGUGAUCAUGCACUGCUAUUCUUAUGCUCAAAUCAUGUUGCCGCUGUCGUUUUGGUACCGGCACCGAGUACUCACCGUUGGACCUGUAAAACCAGCUCGGCUGGCCGUCUAUUGCCUUAUCGCUUACAUUCCAGCGUUUUUGGUGUUGGUCGGAUUCGCGUCUGGGACAAGCCCGCCAGAAGUGAUUUACAAAAUUAUUGCGACGAAGAAAAACAGCUCCCUGUGGCCCGAUGAUCCGGAGAUUGCGGCAAUAAUUGGAUACGAAGAUAUGACGUCGCCAUACAACCUCGUAAUUACAAUGUGGAUCUGUACCCCAAUCGCACCUGGCUACGUCAUUUCCAUAUUCUAUCGCUGUCGAAUCCUCCGAAAACUUCAUGCUCACAGCUCGAUGAGCCCUAAGACACUGCGGGCGCAGAAGAAUUUGGUUAAGGCACUAACGCUUCAAAGUGUCACUCCACUCCUGACGAUGAGUCUUUCUACUGGGUUUUUAUGGAUGCAGUACCGGUUACCUGGCCACGUCCACCUCUUCUUCCUCGAGGAGUACGCGUUCAUACUCGUUGCGCUGACAAGCAUGAUCAACCCCUGCAUCAUCAUCUACUACGUGCUGCCCUACCGUAAGCGUGUUCAGCGAUUGCUGUUUUUUUGGAAGCGGAAAAACGACCCAAAAUCGAAGAUCUACGGCGAGACGGCGUUGUCACAUACGCGAGACUCCAACUUACAGACCACGCAGGAGCUUUUC